GCAACAUUAUUUGCCAUUUUUUUGUUAUUGUUUGUUUACGUGCGUGAUUUUUAAUGUCAUUGUACAAUUUUGUGCAUAAAUAAAUACAAGUAAUAAACUAUAAAGUGUCUAAAUUGUGCCCAAUUACCACUUUUUAUGGAUGAUUAUACCUAAGUAUAUUCAAUGCGUUCACCUCAUGAAGAUGUACUAAGUUUUUCUGUAUGAAGUCAUGAUAAUUUACCUUGCUACUAUAAAACCGAUGCAUAAAAUUUACCAUUAAUUCCUAAUUCGCCUUGUAAUUAAAGACGCCCAGAUAACGCACUAGGUUUCUUUAUAAAAAUGGAAUCCGUCAUUUCAUCAGAUGAAGAUACUGUUGGUCUGAAAAAUCAACUCAGUGAUUUUGGCCUUGAAGAAGAAAAUUUAAGCAAGGAAGAAAUGAGAGAAUUGUUAAGAGCACUUAACUAUUCAAAGAAAACUGUUGAAGAGGAUGAAUUAUUACGGCAAAAGACCGAAGACACCAGUACCAGCACAAUAUCUCCAAAAGUGAAUAUGAAAAGGAGAUACAUUAAUGUCCGAGACAGAAGAUUGCCUUGGAGUCUACUGCCCACCGACAUAACUCCAGCUGAAAAAGCGCGUACACUAGCUGUGUACAUAAAACUAAUGUCUAUAGAUAAUUAUAGGCAGGCCAGACAACGCACAAACCUGGCCGCCUGGCCACCACCAAUAGAAAUCAUAGAAACCACCACCAAAUCACACCCUGUGAGGUCUACUCGCAGCGGACGCUCAGUUCCUAUUUAUGCCGAUUUUGAUGAGGAUUCCUCCGACUUUGAUUGUAUUGUGACAAAAACAAAGAAGAGAAAAGUUUCUAGCUCGGAUGAUAAAGAUGCUACAUACUCUGGAAAAGUGUUAAGUUUGAAGCGAAAGACCAGUAAAGAUGAGAAUAUAAGACCUAUAAAAGAACCAAAACUAACUAGUGACUCGGUAAAAAGUAAAUCUGAUUCUGGCAACAAACCUUUAACUGAUAAACAGAUAGACCUUUGUCUAUUAAUUGAAGAUUAAGGCAGUUUUGAUCAUUAUCAAGACUACUGUUUGUUAUGUAAUAUAAUUAGCAAUGGUUGGCUAAAAUAGCUUUUAUUAAUAAGAAAACAAGAUCUAUGGUGUUCUGAUUUGUAUAGAAUAGAAAAACAAUAUUUUAUGUUGCAUUUUAUGGUGAUUGUGUCUUGAUGAUCUUGUCAUGUGAUCGCUGAAAAUUGUUAAUAUUUUAUAAAUUUGUAGAGUAUAUUAAAUUUACUGCAAAAUCCUAUAGAGUAAGAAUUUCUGUUUAACAGCUGUUUCUUAGAGAGAUUUAUUUAUUACUCUUAAAUUUAAUAACGAUUUUCUGUGAAACUCGUCAUUGAAGUUAGGUAAUCAUUAACCCGUUGAUCGUGAUAAAACGAGACACAAAUCACAAUAGAUAUUCUAUUGUGUCUCGUUCACCGGUGAGCGUACGGGGCUUGAUGACUUAAAUGUGUCUUGAGAGUGGCCGAAAGUUUUAUAGGUUGUAUUUGUCGUUAUUUUGUCUGUUAUUGGUAUGUUUCCUUUUUUUUAAUAUAAUUUAUGAGCAUAAGCUGAUAUCUAAAGAGGAUAACAUGUUAUUUGAGUUAUUUUUAUUUUUACACUCAAAAUAAUAAUAUUAUAGCUUCGUGUGUUAGUAGCCUAAACAGCUAGGUACUAAUAUUGCCUGGUGUCGUUAAAUGCCUUGUAUUUUACUUGUAUAAAACCUAAUUUUUAUUUAGCUAUAUCUACAAUUUUACCUAGUCGAGAUUUAAAUUAAAAUAGUAAGUACUCGUGUUUGAUUAUAAUUUUAUUUUCUACAAUAUUUAAUAGUUAAUUUGGUAGCAUCCUUGUAUUGUUUUGUCUUAAAUUUUGCUUGAAAAUGUACACAUAGCUAUAAAUAAAAGUUUUA